AUGGUACUUAGAAUGGAUUGGUUGGCUAGUUUGGGAAACGUAGAAGCUAAUUUUGGAGACUUGUGCUUGAAAUGUGAAGUAGAUGGCCAGAAGUACACCAUUCAAGGGGAUCCAACUAUGUGUAACAACCAAGCUACUUGGAAGGCAAUGAUUAAGGCUCUGUCAAAUGAGGGUAUAGGAUUCUAUAUCCAUACAUUAAUGGAGGUCAAAAUCGUACCCUCAACAAACGAAGAUGUGUAUGAAUGGGAGAAGAUAAUUGAGGAAUUUGCUGAAGUGUUUAAUAAGUCCUCUGGUUUACCACCGAUAAAGGAGCAUGAUCAUGCUAUUCUGCUCAAACCAAAUGCUGAAGUGAUAGAUGAAUUGUUGGAUGAACUCAAUGGUGCAGUAAUUUUUUCAAAGUUAGACCUUAAGUCUGGAUACCAUCAAAUUAGGAUGAAGGAUGAAGAUAUUGCCAAAACUUCUUUUCGAACUCAUGAAGGUCACUAUGAGUAUUUGGUUAUGCCUUUUGGCCUUACCAAUGCUCCAUCAACCUUCUAG